AGAGAGAGAGAGAGAGAGAGAGAGAGACUACGUCAUAUAUACAUACCAGAGUUCCUAUUCGAAUCAUUAGCAAAAAUGAGGAUUCUAUUCUCCCAAAUAAAUUUUUGCUGUAGGAAAUGCAGACCUCCAAAAUUCUCAACUCCAAUUGGCUUCGUGGAAAUCUGAUCCAGUGAUUGAACCUACAAACUUCUACUUCUGAGCUGGGAUCUCGUUGCAAGUUUCUGUGUUUUUCUUUUUUGAUUUUUUUUUUUUUGGUAUUUGGGUUGGACCCCACUGGCGCACCAUCUUUGGAAAGAAGAGUCUGGUUCUUGCGUUCUCCUAAGGUCGUUAUCGACCCAUAGCCAUGGCUGCUUCGUCUCUCCAGCUCCAACGCUUAUUCUCCAUCCUCUUCCCCUCGAAACCACCAACCACUACCGCACGACCACCACCCUCGGAUCUCCAUCUUCCCAAGAAGCCCACAUCUGGGUGGGUCCCCCUAGUGGCCACCCGGGACCCCAUAAUUUCCACUCCUCCUUCAACCUACGAUUACGACGUCAUCCCCACACUGUACCCUGCACUCGCGCACUCGAACACCCUUUUCUUCAAAUCUUCGUACAACGUCCAAAUCAUAGUGGGUGAGAAGGAGCCCGAAGAUAUAUUGUUGAAUCGGUUCAGGAGGGAGGUCUUGAAGGCAGGCGUGAUUCAAGAGUGUAAACGGAGGAUGUUUUUUGAGAACAAGCAGGACAAGAAGAAGAGAAAGGCACGUCAGGCUGCCAGAAGGAACCGAAAGAGGCGCCCACAACCAAGGGAUCUGACGCAGGCUAAACAGGAAACCCCUAGGAAGAAAAAGAUCGAGGAAGAAGAUGAUAACUGGGAAGAUUAUGAAGUAAAUCUUCCAUACUGUUGAUGCCAGAUAACGAUAUCAAUGAAGACUGAAGCUUUUUAAGAGGCGUUCGUUUUUUACUCCAUGAAUGUUCAGGAAAGUGCUUUUGUCAAGCUGCUUGUAGUUCAACCUUACGUAAACUUUUAUAUUGUGUCUAUUUGGUGUGCGGAAGGAGAAUUUUCUAUCCUGUUGAUAUGAAGUAAAUAAAUCUUCCAUACUGUUGAUGCCAGAUGACAAUGAAGAAUGAAGUUUUCGAAGAUUCUUUGGUUUUGGCUCCAUUAAUGUUCAGGAGAGUGCUUUUGAGAAGCUGCUUAUAGUUCAACCAGUUGUUAUGUAUACUUUUUACAAAAAUUAUAUGCGAAAUCAUUUUUGCGCAUUUCAUUAA